UGCGUCACCUGACCGCAUUCUGCACCUCAACUCUCCAUGGAGCAGCUGCUGCGCGCCCAGCUUCACACCACAACACUGCGGGCCUUUGGGAGCUCCGGAGGGGGCUGCAUCAGCGAGGGCUAUGCCUACUACACUGACAGUGGCCCCGUGUUUGUCAAGGUCAAUCGCAGGACACAGGCCCGGCAGAUGUUUGAGGGAGAGAUGGCGAGCCUGGAGGCCCUCCGCAACACUGGCUUGGUGCGGGUUCCUAAGCCCAUGAAGGUGAUUGACUUGCCAGGAGGUGGGGCUGUCUUUGUGAUGGAGCACUUGAAGAUGAAGAGCCUUAGCAGUCAGGCAUCAAAGCUCGGGGAACAGAUGGCAGACCUGCACCUUUACAAUCAGAAGCUCAGGGAGAAGUCCAAGACUCGGCAGAACACAGUGGGCUGUGGGGCGGAGGGUGCUGAGCCCCAGGGUGUGACCAAGUUUGGCUUUCACACAGUGACAUGCUGUGGCUUUAUCCCACAGGUGAGUGUUAGAGUGGGGGCAUCCUCUCGGGGGCACCCUCACUUAGUGAGGACCAUUCCUGAAGCUCUGGUGCUAGCCACUGACCCAUUGUGUGCCACAGAGUGCCAGUUCUCCAGACACCAGGACGCUCAGUUUCUGAAGGUAGAGUGUAGUCUGUGACACUCAGGACAGAAAGCUGAUGGGAAGGCUUGGUGGGAGUAAACACUUCAGUCAGCUGGUCAGCAUUCCAGGUGGGCACAAGAGGGAUGCAAAGGCCACGAUGUGGGAGAGAACCUGACCAGUUUAAGAAUCUGAAGAGGGUAAAGUGGACAAAGCUCAGGGUCCAGCCCUUAUCAUGCAGGUUCUCUUCCAGGGCUGUCUUAUUGACAGCUUCUCUCACUUACCACAGUGUUUUUGAGGUUAAUCUACAUGUGGCAUGUGUAAGAACACUUUCUUUGUGGUAGAGUAAUAUUUCACUGUAUGGGUGGACCAGAUUUUGGACUGGAAUUUGCAACCUUCCUGAUACAGUCUCUCAAGUGUUGUUAUUAUAGGUCUGAACCAUCAUGCCCGGUUUCAUCCGUUUGUGGUGUGUGUGAGAGAGAGUGUAUGCCACAUACAGGUACCCGAGGAAGCUAGAGGAUGGUGUCUUAUCCCUUGGAGCUGGAGUUACAGGUAGUUGUGAACCACGGGAUGUGGAUGCUGUGAACCAAACUCUGGGCUUUUGGGAGAACAGCAAGUACCAUUAUUUGUUGAGCCAAGUUUCCAAUCUCCAUUCUUUAUUAUUAUGGCUGAGUAACAUCUUAGAAACUUAGAAGAUCUAAAGGAGUCUUAUCUCCUGGGCAUCUACCUGCCCUACGCCUACCUCAAAGAAGCCAUUAUUAGACCCUAUUUUGAUUUAUUAAGAACAGUUCGGUGUAAGAGCCAUCCCAAUUUAAACCUGUUACUGCUUGAAGGGCCAACACUUUCAAAUCUUCCUGUUCCUUGAAACCUUCUCUGACUACUUGAGCUACUGUAGGUGAUAGCCAUGCUCUUCCUGGCAUGAGUUGGAGGUGAGUCUCUUAUUUGGAAAUGAAUUAUGGCAAGAUUUUUAUUAAGUCCAAGGCAGACUCAGGAAUCUUAUCCAAUAGGGAGCAAUGAAUCUAGGUUCCAACAACUGUACACAGAAGACUUUUUGAGACCCCCUAAUCUCAGCCAAAUCUGACUUUCCUGGCGUUACACAACUGACUGGAGCUAGGGACGAGCAUGGCCUCUGUUACCAUAGACAAGCAUGGCUUGUUUUCUUGAGUCACAUGUUGAGUUUAAGGGCCUCUCAUGGUGGUGGGACUUCAAAGAUUGGGCUGAUGAAGCAUAGUGUUUUUCUCAAAUAUUCAUGAGUUAAGAAAUGAAAUAGUCUCUAGAACUUGUAUAUGAAGCAGAUAAGAAUGGAGCUGCUCAGAGAGAUGGAGGGUCUCCGAGUUCCCCUCAGACUCUGGUCAGAAGGCUAUCAGCGUCCUGGUCCAUCUAUGUUGAGUGACAACAAAAUUGUUCUUUAUGUAGUGCCUCCAACCAUUCCCAAGCCAUGUAGCAUCCUCGUCCCUAGCUGGGCUGACUGGGCCCUGAGGGGUGUUGCAGUCAUGGUGGGAAACCACAGAAGGCAUGGAUUUCUUGGACUCCAGAGAAUUUGGUUCUAUUGGAAGCACCAGCCCAGUUGGCUGGGGAAUUUGUGGGUUGUAUUUCCUGCUAAGAACUAAGCCACGUUCCAAGCAUUUGUCUGACUCAGCUUACCAGUUGCCACAGUUGGUAGACAACUAGGUGAUGUCACCGAUCCAUCUUAGAGAAGAAGAAAUGGAUGCUCUGAGACUAAGAAACAUUCCCAGAGAUUUUGCAGCCAGUGAAUGGAGGAACAGAACUUGACAUCCAGUCUGGCCUCGGAGAUGGGCUCUAACCACUACACAGUGCUGCCCUUCUCAGUCUUCAUGCUCAGGUGGCACCUGCCUUUAGUAGCUCAGCAGGAAGGCUACAUGCCUCUGUGGCCUUGGGAAUCAUGGCCCUUCCACCUAAGUGGCAACACUGAGAGCUUGCCAAUGCUAGCCAACAGGAAAUGACCUUUUGUGACCUUGUCAUCUUUUGGCAAGAGGAGGGCCCCCAGGCACUGGGAAUUUUGGCAGGUAAUAAGAAACGGUGGGAUGGCAGAUGGUGGACCUCCGUGCUUGAGGGCUUGCCAGACUGGGGCAAAGGGUCUCUUGUGGUGUGCCUAGAACCAGGGAGUAAACCCUGGGCUAAGCAGCACCAAGAAGGACUCCAGAAGGAGAAUGGCUAGGACUGUACAGACUGUUGGUUCAGAAUGUUCCAAAAGCUCUACUUUGGGGGUUUCUCAGAACAGCCCUUGGAAAACCUCAGCUCACAUCCAUCUCUAUGGAAGUAUAGGUGACACAAAGUACGCCUAUUUUAGGUAUGCAGUUUGAUAACGUGGAGAGUCAGCCACAAAAUUUCUCACUGCAGGUGAGAAUGAGCACACAGACCCUUCCUCGUGUCUUUCACAGCCCCUUCCCGUAACCCUUCCCUGUCCCUGGGUCACUGUAGAUUUGCCUGUGUUUUGUGAAGUUUUAUAUGACUGUAACAAUAUAGCAUGUGCCCCUUUACCUAUCUUUUUCCAUCUGACAUAUUUUACUCAGUGCCACCGUUCUGAUGUGUGCCCAUGUCAAAUCUCUUGAUGUUUACACAUAACAUCCAUUCAUGUCACAUGCGUCAAAAGCCCAUUACACUGUAUAGACAAACCGUGGUCUCUGUUUAUCCAUUCAUCUGUUGAUGGAUGUCUGUGUUGUUCCCACCUAGCUUCUGUUUUCACAAAUAAAGCUGCUACGAACCUUUGUGCAUCGGGACUUGAUCUUGGUUGACUGUAUGAGCCCUGAGAGAGAAAACCUGGGUUGCACGGCAGGUUCUUACUUAAGUUUUCAGAAACUGCCCUGUGGGGCUGAGAGGUGACUAACAGCAGGUACUGCUCUUGCAGAGAACCUGACUUCGGUUCCCAGCAGCUCGCGGCCACCUGCCACUCCACUUGCAGGAGAUCUGAGGCCUCCUUUUUGCCUUUGUAGGUACUCAGACAUCCAUGGCAUAUUCUCACAGAGAUACACUCACAUAAAUAUGUUUUUAAAAAUCUUAAAAAGAACAAUAAAAAUGAAACUGCCUCGUGUUUCCAAAGAGGUUGUACCAGUUAAAUUCCCACUAACCGAUGUAAAAGUUCCAGGCUUUCCUACUCUGAUGUGUACUGGAUAUUUUCUGGAGUUGUUUGUUUUUAGUUUGUUUUCAUCCCAGCUGGAGACAAGUGUUCACUCUGAGAUUCAAUUUUGUAUUCUCGCCAUGACAGAUGCUCAAUAAAUGCACAUUUGCUGAC